UGUUGGUUAAUGAUCUUUAACGUACUUCAAGUACAAGGUAACUCCGAAUCCAACUGCACCGAUGAAUUCGAGUGUGGAACCCUUGGAGUUAUGAAGUUUCCUUUCACAAAUUCCAGCAACCCUGAGCGCGGAUUGUGCAAGUUUAAUUGUCAGGCUAAACCAUAUCCAAAGAUUGACCUUGGUGGACACAAAUAUGAUGCUUUAGUCAAGAAGGGUGAUUUUUUCCUGGUUUCAGAUCCUAAGCUUCACAAGCAAUUAGAAAACAAAAAUUGUAAGUCUUUUUACAAAAAAAUCUCAUUUCCAAUCUCCCCUUUGAUUACUUUCCAGAUUGUUCCUAACUUAACCUUGUACAGAUGCAAACAUAGUCAUGGCACUAACCAGAAAGCAACAGACUCCUUUUUCCAAAGUUUUGAUAGAUACAACAAGCGUGAAGAGUUUAAUGUUUACUAUCGCCAUCCCAGAAAAACAUUGGGAAAUACUAGUGCUAAGAUAAGUGGCAAACUUCCAAAGCACUGUUCACUUGUACAAUUGCCAAUUCCAUUGCCUACACCAUCUAAAUCAUAUUCCAAUGACUUGUUUGAACUGUUGACUUCAAAUAUUCUACUAGACUGGGAGUUGUCCAAAGAUUGUCAUGACUGUGUUGACAAAGGAGGGAAAAUGUCUGAUUGAAGACGAACACAGAUUUCGCUGUUCCAAGGUAUAAGCAACUU